AUGCUGUCUCACGCCGACCUCCUGGACGCCAGGCUAGGUAUGAAAGAUGCCGCCGAGCUGCUGGGCCACCGGGAGGCGGUGAAGUGUAGGCUUGGCGUGGGGGGCUCCGACCCCGGGGGCCACCCUGGGGACCUGGCGCCCAGCUCCGACCCUGUCGAGGGAGCCACUCUGCUGCCCGGGGAAGACAUCACCACAGUGGGCUCUGCCCCGGCCUCGCUGGCGGUGAGCGCCAAAGACCCGGACAAGCAGCCGGGGCCCCAGGGCGGCCCGAACCCCAGCCAAGCCGGCCAGCAGCAGGGCCAGCAGAAGCAGAAGCGACACCGGACGCGUUUCACCCCCGCGCAGCUCAACGAGCUGGAGAGGAGCUUCGCCAAGACGCACUAUCCCGACAUCUUCAUGCGCGAGGAGCUGGCGCUGCGUAUCGGGCUGACCGAGUCCCGAGUGCAGGUCUGGUUCCAGAACCGGCGCGCCAAGUGGAAGAAGCGCAAGAAGACGACCAACGUGUUCCGCGCGCCCGGCACGCUGCUGCCCACGCCGGGCCUGCCGCAGUUCCCGUCGGCCGCCGCCGCCGCCGCGGCCGCCAUGGGCGACAGCCUGUGCUCCUUCCACGCCAACGACACGCGCUGGGCGGCGGCCGCCAUGCCGGGAGUGUCGCAGCUGCCGCUGCCGCCCGCGCUCGGCCGCCAGCAGGCCAUGGCGCAGUCGCUGUCGCAGUGCAGCCUGGCGGCGGGGCCGCCGCCCAACUCCAUGGGGCUGUCCAACAGCCUGGCGGGCUCCAACGGCGCGGGGCUGCAGUCGCACCUCUACCAGCCCGCCUUCCCCGGCAUGGUGCCCGCCUCCCUCCCCGGCCCCAGCAACGUCUCGGGCUCGCCCCAGCUCUGCAGCUCCCCGGACAGCAGCGACGUGUGGCGGGGCACGAGCAUCGCCUCCCUGCGCCGCAAGGCGCUCGAGCACACAGUCUCCAUGAGCUUCACCUAA